AUGAACUUAAUAGUUUUGAGCCAUUUUGUUUUGUUCCUUGUAAUUUUGAAUAACAUUCCUAUGUCAGUUUCAGUUCUUUUCACAAAUUUGGCUCUGAAAAAAAAUGCUUAUUUGAGUCGUGAACACCCAAGUUAUCCAGCUUCUUAUGCAACCGAUGGAAUCACUGAUGACGAUUCGAACAUAGCCGGAACGCAAUCAAAUGGCGAGCCUGGUUGGCUUGUUGUCGAUUUAGGACUGAGAUUCAAUGUCAUCAACGUAUCCGUCCAGAUGGGAAUUAAUUGCUGCUGGAGCCAAAUGGCAAGAUUUGAAGUUUGGCUGUCAAAUAGUUUUGAUCCAAUAAUGAACGUUACAAUAACCAAAUCAACAAAAUGUGGUGUUUAUAGUGGGUUAGUCUUUCCAAAUUCACUGGCCUUUUUAAACUGCAGCAAAAGCAAUAAUCAUCGGUAUGUGAUUUUACACCAAGCUGACGGUAACUUUGGUCUUGGAGUUCGUGAAUUCCAAAUAUUUGGAUACGAGGACUUUGUAGAUUAUUUCAUCGGUUGUUACGUCGGAUUCAACGAAUCCAUCCCAACGGUGCAGGUCUACACGCCUUUCCAAUGUUUCAACGUUUGUCAACAGCGGGGAUACAAGUAUCUUGCCUUCAAGAAAAAGGUUUGUCACUGUUCCAAUGUGAUAACCUCAGCUAUCUCAAUAUCGUUCCUUUGCGAACAAUCGUGUGUGCCUGAGGAAAGAUUAAUGUCCUGCCCAAGUGCUGAAAGAUUUCAAGUUUUCAGAGUUAACCAAUGCAUUCCAUCCGACACUAAGGAAAAUAGUUACGACGAUUGCAAGACCCACUGCUUAGGUGGCCUACCACUUAAUUCUUAUGACAGAUGUGAAAGUUGUGAACUGGGUUGGGAUGUGUGCGAAUCCAGCAAUGGACACUGUGCCGAUGACAUGUGCAUAGCCUACUCUGAUACCAGGUACUACGUGGCUGAAUGUGAAUGCAGGUCUGGCUACGACAGAAUGUCUUACAACGAAGAUUGCAAAGAAGUUGAUGAAUGCCUUAUAAGUACACACAAAUGUUCGUUGGACUCGACAUACUGCAUUAACACGAUAGGAUCGUAUCAAUGCCGAUGUAAGGAGGGAUUCCAAGCCACAAAUUCACGUUUUUACUGCCACGGUGAUCGAACCUACCAAAUAUGUACAAUAGUUUUCGCAUCUCUACUUGGACUCACUCUUCUAAUAUUCAUAAUUAGCGUUCUCAUAUUCAAAUGUAAACAAUCGAACUCCAUGGAAAGAUAUGAUAACAAGGGCCAACCGAUGAGAAACAACAACCACGAGAUGCACGCAUUCCCUGGUGCAAGCAACAGCAACCGCGACCAUGAAAAUGAUGGUUACCAACACCUAACGAAUAAGCAUUACUGUGAUUUGGAAUCGACAGCGUGCAUGAACACAAUUGGAGCCUACCACUGCCAAUGCAAAAAUGGUUUUAAACCAUCAGCUUCAGCAUUCUGCUGCUAUGAUAAAGACGCUCGUAAAAACGACAGAGCAAAUAAUAAUGACAGGAACCAAAUAAUGAACCACGGCUCUUCAAACACCGACGGCAAUUUGGGCAUGUACACCAUACCUAAUUCAAGAAACCACCCGAAUGACGUGCACCUUUACGAGAAGGCAUCGAACCAUUUGCAUAAUAACUCAGACGAAUCAUUUAGUAACUAG